UUAUAUUUUCUUCGCUUCUUUCUCCCUGUCGAAAUCGGCAGCCGUGCCCCGCUUCUUCCGUUAUCUCAUAAUCUUCACAACAAAGGGUCCUGGAGAAGCUAGAGAUUGAAGUUCUCCCUCUCUCGUCUCUUUGAACUUUGGAAGGAGAGGCGGUUUGUGGCUGUAGCUGCGCCUCCUGUGUUGAUAGCAGCGGCUCUUUAUGUCUUCUUCGUAGUAAGGGUCUUCACGGCAGCAUUUCAUCUCUUCCCAGCUUCUGAAGAUUUCUAGUCUCCUCUUUGGGGUAGUUUCUCAGUUUGUAUUUAUGUAGCAUACGUUUUGACUAUGGGUAAGAAAAAGGAAAAAGUUAUCCCUGAGUCUGAUCCUAUUGCUGACCUCAAGGGAAUCAUCCACCAGCAUUCUCUAUUUUUUGACAAGUUGAUUGAGCUCAUACCUGCAAAAUUCUAUUUACCAAAUGAUGAUAAGGAGAAGAUAUGGUUUAGGGGACUUAGCAAGGAGGAAAAAGCGUCAGCAAAGAAGAAGACGAGGGAGAACCUCAAGAAUGCUCGCAGAGAUCGAUUAGAUCCAGAAAUAUCGUCUACAAGCACCCUUGAUUUGCUAAAACAAAGCUUGGAGAAGGAAAAACUAAAGAAGGAGAAUGAGGAUGACGAAACAGAUAUUUCACCUGCGAUGGCUGGUCUGGAAGGUGAUGAUCGAUCAGUAACAUAUGAAGAACUCCGACAACGCCUUCGUCGUAAAAUUGAAGAGCUUAGAGCAGGUCGUGGGGGUUCAGAUAAAGCAAAGAAGGAUGAGAAUAUCAAGAAAAAGCAAAUUCAGCAAAAGAAACGGAAGAGAGAGUCUGGAGCCAGGGAAAAGCAUCCUACAAUUGGUAAGCCUUCAGAUAAAGUGCGGAAAGGUGUCGCAGAGGCAUCAAAGGAACUUACAUUUAGUCAUGUUAAAAUUGGAGAUGAGCAAGAGCAUGGGAAGAGGAAGAAGAGAAAAGUUUCAAAGAUGAAGGAGCUUGAAAUGGCCAUGAAAUUGGAAGAAGCAAAGAAAGAUCCCAAGAAAGGUGAUAUCGUUGCAAGCAAGCAUUCAUGGAAAGCGGCAACUAGUCGAGCUGCAGGGAUCAAAGUCCAUGAUGAUCCAAAGUUGUUGAAACAAAGCAUCAAAAAAGAGAAGAAGAGGACUCAGAAAAAUGCUCAGAAAUGGAAGGAAAGAGUUGAAAGCCAAGUGAAAAUGAAAACAGAAAAACAACAAAAGAGAUCAGAGAACAUAGCAGAGAGGAUUCAGCAAAAGAAGAUGCGGCGAAUUGCAAAAAGAGAGAAAAAACUCAUGCGGCCUGGCUUCGAAGGUCGCAAGGAAGGUUCUCUAAAUGAAGGUGAAGGUUAAGUUGGCUACUGAAAUUGUGGGUUAGUUUUCUUCUAUCUGUCUGGAUUACCUAUCAAUCACGUUUCUUUUUUUGAUAGAUAAGUAAAGUUAGGUGCAAGCAGUAGGGAUUUGAACCAUCAAUCUCUCAGUGGAGAGAUAAGGAGGUAACAAACUUAACUUUUGUUCAGUAAUUAUCAAUCACAUUUCUUCUUACA